UAAUUUUAUCAGAGUAAGACUGUAGAAUUUCUUAUACAGAAAGACAAAUUAAUAUUUUGUUUGGGUGGUGAGAAUCGACCGUUAUCAUCAUAGGAAGUUUUUUAAAAUCUUUUUAAUGAUCAUUGAUGCAACAGAAAAUUUAGAUCUGAAUCUGCCUAAGAUAUGGUGGGAGUCAUUUAAUUAAAAAACUAUUAAAAUUUGAAUUAUUUGAGAUAUAACAAAGAAAAAUAAUAGACGAAUUGGUUCAAUACAUAGUUGUUAAUUUGGUCAUGCAUAGGAGGUUCUUUUAUAUAGUUUUGAGAAUUAUAUGAUAAUAGAGUUUUUGAUAUGUAUAUUUUUGAAGGAUAAUAUGAUCAUAGGAAGUUCUUGUAUAUAUUGCAUCAUUAGUUUAUAAUUCCAGAGUCAAAGAUUUAUAAUUUUUUGGUUUUUGAUAAUUAGUAAAAAAAAGUUAUCUACCACGCAACAUAUGCUGCGGUUUUUAAUUACGCAACAUAAAGGUCAUAGAAAAAAUUAGGCAAAAAAAAAAUAUGCUGCGACAUUUACUAUACUAACAUGACUUAUUGAAUUAUAUGCACUUUUUGUUUAUGUGAAGUUGCAGAUGAUGUUUACUAUAAGGGUCAAUAGGAAACAAUUUUUUUAUUAUCACUAAUAAGUGUAUAACAAGGGUCAGGUUGCGUACAUAUGACCCCCAAAUCUCACCCUAGGAGUUUGAUUUCAUCAACAAACAAAGAGAUGGGUAGGAAAGGAAAUUGGUUUUCAGCAAUGAAAAAAGCCCUCCACCCUGAUGCAAAGGAGAAGAACAACCAGGAAUCUGGAAGAUCCAAAAAGAAAUGGUUUAGGAAGAAAAGAAGAUCAGGUACUAGCACAACACCAUCAGAAUCUGCUCCUACAACCGUGUCAACUCAGCCAGUCGCGGCUCCUGUAGUGGUUCAUCCUCCCCCGACAGAACCUCCAAAAUCGAGCACAUCCGAAACAGAACAGACCAAACAUGCCUACCAUGUGGCACUCGCGACUGCUAAGGCAGCCGAGGCUGCUGUUGCUGCUGCACAGGCUGCUGCAGAAGUCGUUCGUUUGACUGCCACUGCUCCUCCUGCUCCUGGCAAGUCCCAAGAGGAAAUCGCUUCCCUUAAGAUUCAAACUGCUUUUCGAGGAUAUAUGGCAAGAAGAACAUUGCGUGCUUUGCGAGGGUUGAUGAGGCUGAAGACAAUGAUGCAAGGACAAGCGAUACAACGCCAGACAGCAAAUACUCUAAAAUCGAUGCAAGCGUUAGCACGCAUGCAGACCCAAGUACGCGAGAGAAGACUAAAGAUGGCCGAGGAGAAUCUAGCUCAUCAAAAACAAAUUCAACAGAAAUAUGCAAAAGAGCAAGCCAUGGAGCUAGAGAAAUCACAAAAAAAUACACAGCAAAACGGUGAGGGUAAUUGGGAUAGCAGCGGAAAGACGAAGGAACAGAUCGAAGCAAAGAUGCAAAGCAGACAUGAAGCCGCGAUUAGAAGAGAAAGGACACUAGCAUAUGCUUUCACUCAUCAGCAAGCGUGGAAAGCUUCAUCGAUGUCUGCACACACAUUGUUCAUGGACGUCAACAAUCCACACUGGGGCUGGAGCUGGUUAGAACGAUGGUUAGCUGCUAGACCGUGGGAGACUGCGACUACUCCUGACAAAGACUUAAGCAACGAUAAUUCCCCUCGAAUGAAUACAUCAAAGCCCAAGAACGAGAUCAAAAAAUCGUAUGCCCGUCAUCUCCAACACCACAACAGCGAAAAACCGAUCCCUAAACAAUUGCGUCCCACUGCAGGGCGCUUGUCGACUUCUAGUACGCCAUCAAAGCAAACUAGUACAGCCCGAAAGCUGAAGUCCCCAAGUCCAAGGAAGAGUCUGUGGGGCCAAGAUGACGAUGCAAGAAGCGCAGUCAGUGUGCAUUCAGAACAACAAUCGAGGAGGAAUAGUGUGGCGGGCUCAUCUGUGAGGGACGAUGAGAGCCAAGCGAGUUCUCAGACUGUUCCGAGUUAUAUGGCUCCUACGGAAUCUGCAAAGUGUAGAUCACGAUUAGGAGGCGAUACCAAGAGGGAAACGAGUGUCACACCUGACAGAGUCUCGGUUUGUUCUGUUAAGAAAAGGGCUUCUCAGCCUGCUUCUCCUGCUAGAUCAAGGCACUCGACUUCCUCAAAUGCCGAUGCUCAUUCCGUCUCGUGAGCAGGCCUAAAUGUUAGUUAUUAAUCACAACUUUUUCUAUUACUUGUUUGCUAUACUUUUGUGUCAUUAGUUCCUUCAAAAUAGUAUGCAGGAUUGUAAUUGUUUGUUAAACAUUGGUUUGCUUGUUUUACAUUGAGGAUAUACUUCUAUAAAGCAUGAUAAUGUUGUAAUAAUCGGUAAAUUUGUUAUUAGGCUUGUACACGAUAAGACCCACAUAAGGGGAGAGUUGACUGCGCACAAACCCGAUGAGAUUUCAUCCUAAAACCAAUUGGUAAUAGGAGGAGUAGCCCAUCAAGUAUAUAUGUUAGUCAACCUCUUUCUAGUUCUUCGAUGUGGGAUCAUAUGUGGGUUAUUUUCCGACACUAAUCACUGAUACAUCAAGAACUUAACUGCGAGAAUUUCAUGGUCAUCGUCUCUUUGAUGUCAAAAUCGACACCAUUCUAGGUAUCUAGAGCAAAUGACGGACACAUUAAGGGGCCUGGGUGUGUUCACUACCCAAGCCUUACCAGUGACACUAUAAUGUAAUACGUUUGAGAUUUUAAUAGUAAGAAUUAACUAUCUUUUUUAUGUGGCCCUAUUGUAUAUUACAAGUAGUUUGCUAAUUCCUGAAUUUUUUUUCAUAUC